GUGCAUGUAUAAUUAAAAUCAACAAACAUCUGCAACUCUAUUAACUUCACUUCCUUUCUUUUCUCUCUCCAUAGAAUCCACUGCAAUUUACGCGCGUACGCACUUUAGCUACCAGCUGGUUUCAGCCGUGCGCCGUAAAUUGUCGUUGUUGUUAUUGUUGCAAUGCAUCGAUCAUUGAAGCCACACGCACAAGCUAAAAAGGUACCACCACCUGCGCUGCCCGGAGAUCCAGCACCACAACAACAGCAAAUACCAUUGUACCGCUUAGGUGGCAGCAUUUCGAGCGCAGCUGGUAAGCAGCUGGAUGAUGGCAUCAUAAUGAGUAGCAUGGUAUCGUCACCAUCUUUGGAGGAGGGCGGUUUCAAUUUGCCACGUGAGCCAUCGGUAGCAUUGCGCAUGAAAGAUGAAAUAAGCGAAUACGCCACAGCUAUGUCAACGUCAGGCACAUCACAAUCAUCGGCAUCCUCAGCCGGUGCUGCUACAGCUGGCAAACAACAAACGGCUAAUCAAGCAGCCGCAACUGGCGCAACACUUUUAUCCACCGCAACUAAUCCGCUCCUCAGCGGUUGUCCACCCACAAUAGUGCCAUGUCCCCCGCCUGUGUUUUGCGCCACCCUGCGCGAACCGCUCACACACAAAGCGGCCGUCUACUAUCAUCAACAGUUGGCGCUGCAAGAGGAUCAGGGCAUCGAUCUGACACAAUCACCAGGUCGCGAUUCACCCGGUUCGUCAUCGGGUUCAGCUGGUUCUGGUUCGCGACACUCCACCGCUAGCUUGGAUUCGGGUCGUGCCUCAUCGUAUUUGACUGGGGUGUCUGGUGCAUCGAUACGUGGCAGUGCGGGCGGUGCACUCUCAUCGCCACGUUGCAGCUCGGUGAGUUCGUGUUCGAUCGGUAGCGUCGAUCGGCAGCGUAACGAUGAACUUAUUAUCGAUUGGCUGAUGGAGAUGAAGUAUGAGGAGUAUGCACAAUUGUUUAUAGCGGCCGGUUACGAUUUACCGACCAUUGCACGAAUGACCCCCGAAGAUUUGACGGCGAUUGGCAUAAAAAAUCCACAUCAUCGUGAGCGCAUAAAACAGCGUAUCGAUAAGUUGCAAGUAUUGGAUAACUUGCCACACUUUGUGCCGGGCUCUAUCGAAGAAUGGCUACAGCUUUUACGCCUCGAGGAGUACAUUCAACCGCUGCUCGAUCAAAACUAUAAAACUGUACGCGAUGUAACUCAAGUCACUUGGGAAGACUUGGAGGAUAUUGGUAUUGUUAAGUUGGGACAUCAAAAGAAAAUUCUAUUGGCCAUAAAACGUGUGAAGGAUAUCAUAAGCGGAAAGUGGAAUCCAGGCGGCAUCAAUGCUUACCAACAGCAGGAUUAUCGCAAUAAGAUUUGGCCCACUGCCGUGCCACUGCCCACCACACCAACAUAUUUGCCAACCACGCGCGUCUCGUGGGACGAUUCCAAGAUUUAUGCUAUACCCGGCGUCGAUGCCGUCUACUUUUGCGCCGGCUCGCAUCACGAGUGUUGCAAUGGCAACGAUGUGGUGCCCAUUAAGGUGCGCCAGCCACGCGGCAAAAGCUUAGAAUCACUCGAGGAUAUUCACGACAAUAGCACACGCAGCCAUUUGACCUUUAGCCAUUACACAGCCACUGAUUAUGGCCAUUUUGCGCAUCCAACGCCUGCAAUGCAACAACAACAUCAUCAACAAGCCUUGCAACACCAGCAGCAACAGCAUCAGCAGGCCAUGCAACAUCAUCAGGCUGCCUUGAUGGGCGGUGCCGUUGUGGGCGGGCCAGGUGGUGCUAGCGGCGCACGUUUGCUUAGCAAUUCAGCCGCUAUGUCUUGGCGCCGUUCCUAUGACGAUGGUGACAUCACACCCACCAACGAUGCUACACGCGAACUCAUGUAUGAGGAGGGUGGCGGCACCUUGCCGCGUCAGCAGCGCGGUAUUUUGCAACGUGCCGUGUUGAAUAGUAUGCCGCCGCUGGAACAUCACUAUAUGAAUGCUGCUGCCGCAGCGGAAUAUGUUUGUCAUGCAGCUGGAAUGGGCGUCGGUAGUGGUGUGCCAGGCGCGGCAGCGCAUGUGGGCACGGCUGGCGCCACUGUCGGCGGAUCCGGUUGUGUGCUGGACAGCACCGGUCUGAAUGCAUCCUACUUGUCCGGCAGUCCAAUGAGUAACAAGAAAAUCGCACCCGAACCACCGCGACGCCAUUGCAGUAUACGAAAUUCGCGUACAUUAACCGGGGAUAACGCGCAACAACAGCAACAAUUGCAGCAACAGCAGCAGAUUGCCUUGCAUGCCGGUGUAAACGUAACGCCUGGCCUCUACUAUGGCGGUGCCGGGGCUUUACACCACGGUGGCAUGUAUAUGACGCAUGCGCAGCAGCAAGCAGCAGCAGCGGCGGCCGCAGCGGCAGCUAAUCAGCCGAUUUAUGCGAAUUACGCGACCAUACAACAGACCACGGCGGAAAUACACUGCGAGAAGUUCCAUGACAACAAGUCAAACUCCAGCAUCGAUUCCAUCGAUACCAUACCAUUCGCUAACGAAAAUACUGGCACAAUCAAGCAACGCCUGCUCAAUCGCCAAGAUAUCGCUGGACAACAGCAGUCCCUACAAUCGGGCACGAAUUCACAUCUGCACUCCUCCUCGUCAUCGUCUUCUUCGUCGUCGACCAACACCAUCGCCAAUAUAGCGCACUCGUUCCACUCGCUAAAGACAUCUGCCUCGCUGCACGACGCUUCGCUGAUACGUAGCGACAGUGUCGGCAGCACUACCAGCGGUGGCAGCGCCGGUGCCAGUACCGGUGGUGGCGGCAGCGGUUUACUUCUCUUGCGCUCACCCACACUACAGUAUCCACCGACUGAUGCAACGAACGCCGUCAGCGGCAGCGGCGGCUCGUCAACGAUUAUCACCACCACCGUAGAUUUGCAUACGCCUAGUGACGUUGAAAGUAAUGCAGAUGCGGCCGCUGAAGGUGGUGCGCCAGCAGCGGACAGUGAAGGCAAAGAUGCAUCUUCUGGUGUGACAAUGCCGACAUCUGGGCAGAAGGUAUCUGUGAAUGUGCUAAACGACAUUGGCAAUAUGUUGGCCAAUCUCACGGACGAGCUGGAUGCCAUGCUGGAGGAAGAGAAACGAAUUGGACUAAAUAUUGAUAGUGAAUAAACGCUACAAGGGUAAUCAUACUUAGAGGACUACAUACAUAUACAGACAUGAGUAAGUUUUUACGUGCGUGCUGUUGGGCAAGAGAUGGGAUUUAAAUGUUAGUAGGUCGGUCGUACGUAAAUUGUUAGUGAUGCAUGUGCGCGCAAUUGAGCUUCAAAUCAAAGCGAAUACUGAACCGGCUUUGGAUAGGCAAUUGAAAUGCAAAGGAGAAUAACAGGCGCGGCAGAUUUCGCACUACGUUUAUGUCCUAAUAUUAAUUUCAUUGCCGAUUGAUUGGCAGUCUUUCGUGUUUGAGAGCAUUCAAGCCUUACUGACAUAUCAGAACGUAUGUAAUUAAUAAAGUCGGAUUUUCUAUUGGGCCACAUUUUCCAAGUUUUGGGAAAUAGAAUUUUAGUUUUGAUUAGCUCGCAAUGGGCUUUCUACCUUUUGAAUUAGAUUUAGUAGCAUCAAGACAUACAAUAAAGGGUCCUUUGCGAUCUUUAUCAUAGUAAUAGUAUUUCUUAUUAAAUUCUUUUGUGGAUCCAUUGAUGAUUUGAUAAUAAAAUUAAAGGCUUAAAUGAAGAAAAAAUAUUCAUUUUUACUUAAGAAAAAAUAUUCAUUUUUAUACCUUUCUUUGGAAAUUGAUAUUGGCCUUUGCUUCUGUCUGUUCCGUUCUAUGAUGGUUCCUCAGCCUCAAUAUCCAUAGCAUAAUUUUCCGGACAAAUUCACGGUUGUCAAAUCGGCCGCUAUCUUCAAACCAUAAACAAUGAACGAAACAAAGUAUUUUUUUUUUUCUAUUAAGUACAUAGUUCGGAAUAACAUCUUCUGGCAGAUAAAUUUCCUUAGGUGAACGUUAGAUAACACUUAUUUAGCGUUCAGCUGUGGUGACUCUAAUAUAUUCUUAUUUUCAGCUGAGUUAUGACCAAGCUUUUCAUACUGAAAACGGUCGAGGCUAGAAACAGUUUAAAUUGACAGCUUUUUUCGCAUAAACCUGCCGAGGAUAACAUCGAGAAAAUUUGUUUAGCUAGUUAUACCUUACAAAGAAUAUAUAAAGGUGUAUAUAGGUAUGUCUAAACAUUUUGAGUCAGACUUAUUCAUUCAUUCUACUACACUUACGAAAAUUUGCUUACCGUAUAUAACCUUAAAAAAGAGGCUUUGACACUGAAAGCAGUUACGGAAAACGCCGUUUAAGUAUGGUUUGUUAGUAUUACGAAAUUAAACUUAGAGUAAAAGCUCCAAACUACUAAUUUUCUCCUUCGAUUUGAAGCUCUUGCGGACGCAUGCGUAGUUUAGUUGCGAUUAAAUACUUAGUGUCUUAGUUGAUAGUUUUCCAAUUGGUGUCAAGCUAAAAUUCAUACAUAUUAUGUACAUAUGUACGUAGGAUUUAUGAUUUCUAUACAAAUUUAUUUGUUUGAUUAAUUCGCCCAAAAGAAGUAUAUGUAUGAACGGUUGUUUCUAAUGUAUAUCAUUUUUAAAUUGUUUGUGAAAGUAGUUCUAUGUAUACGUCUAAACCAUUUUAAAAUGCCUUUGUGCUGUAGUUAAGAAACAAUUUUUUAACGCACUAUUUGUUUUUUUGGAAAAGUGUUGUUUCAAUUGUAUUUGCGCGAUUAAAAUUUUCAAGAAAAUUUCUAGAUAUUCCAUUUUUAUAACCCGUAUUUUCUGCUCUAAAAACACCCUGAAAUAGCAGUUAAUAAAAAACAAUACAGCAAAACCUAAACCAUUUAUUUUCAAACAAAAAAAAAAAAAUAUCAACCGCGGAUGUAUCUUUGGCAAAAUUUAAAUUUUUAUCAAAUAUCGAACAAGUUAUAGGCAAGCAGAAGGAACUAAAGCAACAAGCAACAUAAUAUUAAGAAGUAAAAAAAUACAGAAAACUUUAAGUUGAAAAAGCUUUUAAAACAAAAUGUAUACUUUUGUACUAUUUAAAUACAUUAAAUAAAUAUAUACAUAAACAUAUAUUUAAUUAAAUCUAAAAUAAAAAAUAAAUAAGUGUUAACAAUAUUUAGUGGAAAUAUAGCGAAAGAUUCAUAGAACUAACUUAAGCAACAAAGCAGCAACACAUUCCCUAUAAUUGACUUAAACAUCAAAUUCAGAGAUUCAGAAAGGAAAGAAGGGUGGUUGGUUGAUUUAAAAUCGCUUUUACUAUUUUUCCAAAUGAAAUGGUGCAUUUUUGUCAAAAAAAAAAUCAUUAGUCGGACUAUACAAGCACAGCUCUCUGUUAAUCAGUCGCCCAAAAGCCCAUUUCCAUACUCACAUAAAUUAAAAAAAUAACAAAACACAUUCGUAUGAGUGAAUUCCAUCGCGAUAAACUAACUUUAAUUUUAAUAGCAUAAUCUACUAUAAAAAUAGAAAACAAAAUCCCUUUGCAAUAAAAAAAACAGAAAAAAUACAUAUUUAUAAAUACAUAGAUACAUAAAUAUAUGCGUAAAAUAGACUAAACAAGCAAAAGAAAGAAGCACACCAACAAAUAUAGAAAUGAGAAAAAAUUUAAAAUAUAAAAUGGUGCAGUGGGUUGAAAAAUCAAACAACUAACAGUAAAAUAAUUUAAUUAGGCGUUAUAAAAAACUAAUUAUAAAAAUGCGAAGUGCAAGAGCACGCAAUAAAGCGGGCAGCCAUGCCUAUAUUAGUUUAA